GCUGCUGUUACAGCUUUAGUCUCAGCCUGUUUUAUCAAAUAUCAGAUCAGAAAUGAUAGCAUUGAGUUAUUUAAUAUCAAAAAUAUUGAGAUUGAAUGUCUGCACUGUAGUCUGUAAGAACAUCUCUUUUCAGAGAAAAUUGAAUCAUAUUCAGUGUCUCUUGAAAAAUAACUGUUGAAUUUCUUAAAAAUAAUUAGAUAUCUUAGAAGAAUGAUGAUAAUGAUGAAAAUAUUCAAUUCUACUAUACUGCAGUCUGUCUGUAGAAUCACUGUUUUCUAAUGUGAACUAGUUCUGCUGCUCUGCAAUAAUUAGCACACCAAGGCUUGUGUGCUACAAAAACAUUUUAUAACAUAGCUAGCUCCUCCCACACGAAUACAAGAGAUUAACCAUCCUACAGAUCCCUCUAUUAAAUACAGCCAGGGUAUUUCUGCCUGGCAGCCAACCUCCAUUUUGCCAACAGCAAACAGAAUGGAGUAGCUCGUCGUGCCAGCAGGUACAGGAGUUGCGCUGGCGCCUUGUGCAUGAGCAGCAACUACGAGAGCUAGUUAGCUGAACGAUCUCAGAUCUAAGCUGAGGAGCAGGCUCAAACAAACUCAAAACACUACACUUCCUGAAUACCUCGACUCCUGUGUACCUAUUUCUCGGCCUGGCCAUCCAGAAAGAUAAAGACUUGUCCAAAAUGGCGACCCUGCGAACGCUGACCGUAAACUCCGCCCGGUUAAAAUUCAGGCGUCAAUAUGGGAAGUCCUACGGAGUUCUGAAUGAUGUUGACUUGCGAACGAACGCCAUUUCACACCAUUACUGGCACUAAAGGAAUAGGAAAAAGAGGUCCGAAAGUAGAGGGUAAGCUCAGGGCUGGACUUACUCCCAACGACAAACCAUCGAGUCACGCGUCCCCCCGGUCGUUAAACAGCUACAAGCAAACCCCUCGGCUUCGGCAACCCUUCGCUUGAAUGGAAAUGUGACUAUUAUUCACUUAGUUGCGUUGUAUGAUUGAGAUUAGUACUUUGCACGUCUGGGUGUUGCUCUAAUUGAACCUUAAAUGCAGUUUGCGUGAAGGGAGAAAUCUCAGUCCUAAGGCUCGAGGAUGCAAAUGAUAAUGUCACCGGUCUCGGUCUGCGUGUUAUGCGUAUACAUAAGACCAAAUACCACUUCAUUAGCCCGUUAUAUGGCCACGUCGGUCAACAGUCCAAAUGACCCAGGCGGAAGACACAAAGGUCAGACAGGCAAGCUUGCAAACGGCGUCGACUUCCCUCUACGUCUGCCGUCAAGGAAGCAUUCCUUUCGCGCCCUUCGUUCUCACUUCGUGUCUCUACCACUCGAUAGCCGUUUGCAAUUCCUGUUGUGGCUAUUUGAAGGGGCUCUACUACAUUGCAUAUCCGACUCUUCGCCCACAUCAUAUGAAGCCGGACAUGUCUGCUGCUGGGAUGCUAACCAGACGAGUUGGAACCUUGCUGGGUGUGCGAAAUAAGUUACAUGGUGCAAUAGGGUGAGAAUUCGAGAACAUCUAAUUGUGUGCAUUGAUCUAAGAACAGAUUAUAUACGCACCAGCCCUCUCUUCCAUCACUGCCAUGGAUGGAAAUAAAGCUUUCCCAACCAGCGAGGUGCUAGGCAGGGGUGGAUGAAACGUAUGCGAGAGUAUUUGGAAACGGCGAGAGUAUAACCAAGUAACCAAAUGGCUGAAAGGAUAGAUGUAGACACCGGCAAUUUCGUUUAUCAGGGAAAGGGAAAACGGCGAAAAGCAGUAAAUUAGCUGAACCGCUAAAGGAUCAAAUGGAACAGGGGGAGAUGGGCCUAACACUGAAGAAAAGAAGUAACCACAACAGCAAAGAAAAAAGAAAAUCAAAAAAGUCAAAAUCCAUCCAAGUCCAAAUCGAAAUCAAAAUCCGCGCCAAUUUGCCUUUGCUCUUUUUGUUCCUUUACCAACGCCCUCAUCCCAUCCGGUAUACGAUUGCGCGAAAAGAUAUACAUCAAGAAAAAGAGCCCCAACAAUGAAGCCAAAACGGAAACACCUUGAAUACAACAACAAAAAACUAACUGGAAGAAAAAAGUAAAAAUUGAAAUAAAAACGAAAUAAAAAUGGGGUGCAAACAAUUCAAUCCAUAAAAAGCGGAAAGCCCCAAGACAUUGAUGGCAUUUUUUCAUUCAUUUCAUCGUAAAUAGCAAUUAUAGAUUAGAAAUAGGAGAUCCCGGCGGAGGGGGAACGAGGACAAGGUGAGUGAAAUCUCUGAACGGGAAUAUACCUAGGUAUGUUCGAGAUUUUUUUGUCUCAUUUGUGCUCUGCUACAUUUGGUCUCUAAGCGAAAUCGACAGAGCGCGAUUAUUUAUUCAAAGGGAAUCAGGUAGAAUCUUCUUUAACUCUUGGGGGUGAUUAAUAAUAGCAUAGGGUUGAAAAGAAGCUCGUUCAGGAUAAGGAAGGGAGAGAAAUCGUUGUAACAAAUGGCUAUGUGUUCAGUUGCGCCGCUUGUAUUUCUCGAGGGCUGAUAUGUUCGAUAUUAGGUGUAUGGGUCUGAUAUUCGAGCCCGCUUGUAGUGAGCAAUGGAAGAAAUAGGCUGUCGAUUAUCGGUUCGUAGAACGGUGCGAUACAUUAUGGGGUAAAGUGUAUUAUCGUUACAAAGUCGUGGGAUUAAAUAUUUGAAGUAUAGUAAAAGGAAUCCGUGAACUGCGAGAAGUGAAAGUCGUUAUGGUGGGUCGCAAACAUUGUAUGCAAGAGAAAUGGAAACGAAGGAUGAAGUAACGGCGG